AUGUCUCUUGUCAGGCGAGGAGGGUUUGGAAAAGGUCGAAGUAAGAUAUUUUUAAAAGCCCCCUUUUCUUUAGUCUUUCUUUCUUUCUUGUCUUGUUUGUAUCUCGCCAUUUCUUUAUUAUUGACUUAUUUUUCUUUCUACUUCAUCCGAGCAUUUUUGUUUUUGUUUUAUUUCCAUUAUUGUUGUUGUUGUCGUUUUCGUCGUCGUCGUCGUCAUCUCUUUCACUUUUCAAAAAUAUGUCCGCUUUCUAAUACUCUUCUUUCUUGUUCCGACAUUUCUUCUUUUUCUUUUUCUUUUCCUCCUUUUCCUUUCCCAUUUCUACCUAUCCGUCUCCUCUUCUUCUUGUUUUCUCUUUCUUCACUCCCCAACAACACCUUCCUUUCUUUCUUUUUCUUUUCUUCCUUUUUCUUUCCCAUUUCUACCUAUCCGUCUCCUCAUCUUCUUCUUCUUGUUUUUUUUUCUUCUUCACUCCCCAACGACACCUUUCUUUCUUUCUUUCUUUCUUUUUCUUUUCUUCCUUUUUCUUUCCCAUUUCUACCUAUCCGUCUCCUCAUCUUCUUCUUGUUUUUUUUCUUCUUCACUCCCCAACGACACCUUUCUUUCUUUCUUUCUUUCUUUCUUUCUUUCUUUCUUUCUUUCUUAUUCUUUUCUUCCUUUUUCUUUCCCAUUUCUACCUAUCCGUCUCAUUCUUCUUUUCUUCCUGUUUUUCUCCUUCUUCACUCCCCAACAACACCUUUCUUUCUUUCUUUUUCUUUUCUUUCUUUUCCUUUCCCAUUUCUACCUAUCCGUCUCCUCCUCAUCUUCUUCUUCUUGUUUUUUUUUCUUCUUCACUCCCCAACGACACCUUUCUUUCUUUCUUUCUUUCUUUCUUUCUUUCUUUCUUUCUUUUCUUCCUUUUUCUUUCCCAUUUCUACCUAUCCGUCUCCUUCUUCUCUUCUUCUUGUUUUUUCUUCUUCUUCACUCCCCAACAACACUUUUUCUUUCUUUUUUUUUUCUUUUUUUCUUUUCCUUUCCCAUUUCUACAUAUCCGUCUCCUCCUCAUCUUCUUCUUCUUGUUUUUUUCUUCUUCACUCCCUAACGACACCUUUCUUUUCUUUUUUCUUUCUUUCUUUCUUUCUUUCUUUCUUUCUUUCUUUCUUAUUCUGUUCUUCCUUUUUUCUUUCCCAUUUCUACCUAUCCGUCUCCUUCUUCUUUUCUUCCUGUUUUUCUCCUUCUUCACUCCCCAACAACACCUUUCUUUCUUUCUUUUUCUUUUCUUUCUUUUCCUUUCCCAUUUCUACCUAUCCGUCUCCUCCUCAUCUUCUUCUUGUUUUUUUUUCUUCACUCCCCAACGACACCUUUCUUUCUUUCUUUCUUUCUUUCUUUCUUUCUUUCUUUCUUUCUUUCUCACCUCCAACAAUAUUUUUCUGUCUUUCUUUCUUUCUCUUUUCUACCAACAUUUGCCUAUUCUUCUUCCACCUCCUCCUCUCCUUUUUAUUUUAA